AUAAUAAUGUCAAAAAGAAAGGCAGAAUACGGACUUGAGAAGGAUAAUCAAGGCAAUAUUGUUAGAACUGGAGAAACCCAACCAGAAGAAUUACUGCAUGGCUCAAAUAGAAUCUGAAGUCAAGCUGAAAUUAAAGAGAGGAAAAUCUAUAAGGCUAAACGUCUUGUUAGACCAGGAAAUCCUCAAGGGAAUAGACCUACUGCUAAAGGAAAGUUCAAAUUACUCGGGACUCUAAAAUCAAAACCUGUUGAGUCUAAGAGAAUCGAUACUCCUAAACCACCAACAGUGAAUAAAAUUCAGAAUGUCCCAAAAAUUACUAAAAACAAGGAGAAAAAUAUUCAGGAACAAAAUACUCAAAAACAGUCUAUUUUCACUAAAUCCACAUCUAAUUCAUCAACUAUGUUUGGAGGCGCGAAGCCAAAGCAGACUGAAGAGAAGAAGGAGUCUAUCUUUCAGUCUAAGAAACCUGAAGAGAAGAAGGAUCCAGUGAAGAAACCCACUGAGGCAAAGACCCAAUUAUUCGGAUCAAAAGCCCCAUCGGGUCCUUCUAAAUCAGUGUUCGUUCACAAACCUGAUACUGAGGAGACUAAGAAUAUUGUAAAUGUCUUCUCAGUGACUACUAGUGCUACCAAGGGAGAUGCACAGCCAAAGAAUGCCAGCAAGGGUCCAAAUAUCUUCGAUCAGAUUAAGAGUAAUAAGAGUGACCAAAAAGAGUCUGUUUUCGUAGUAGGAAGUAAGGGAAAUAAAACAAAUGUAAGUAUCUUUGCUCCAAAGACUUCUAACAAAGAGCCUGCUACUUCUAAACCAACAAGGUCUCUCUUUGCUCAGAAGCCUAAAGAAAUAUCCUCUCAAGCGAAGUCUCAAGAGAAGAAAGAGGAAGCGAAAAAGGAGGAAGCCAAGAAAGAAGAGGUAAAGAAAACAACCUCUCUGUUUGCAUCUAAACCAAAAGAAACUAUUCCAGUGACUACUGAGAAGAAGCCUUCUCUAUUUGCAUCUAAAGGAGUAAAUAUCUUUGGAAAGUCGUCAGAUGAUACAGCCAGCGCUCCUAAGAAGGUAGGGUUAUUCGGAAACAACCCAGUUGCAUCCAAAACAGGCUCUCUUUUCGGGAAUUCUAGUAAACCUUCAGCAGAGAAAAAGGAAGAAAAUCAGGAGCAGAAGGCUAAAGUAAAGUCCUUGUUUGGAACUUCUACUACUAAGCCGGACACAGAAAAUAAAGCCAAGAGUGGAACAGGACUAUUCGGAGGAACUAGCUCAUUAUUUAAAGGAAAAUCAUUAUUUUCUGGAAUAAAAAGCACUGAAUCUAAUAAGAACUCCUUCAUUAAUUCAGGAAAGGCUGCCACUAAGAAAGAAAAGGAGGAAGAAAAGGAUCAGGAGAAGAAAGAAGACACUAAGCCUUCCUUCGUGGCUAUUAGCAAAGACCCAUACACUAAAAUCUUUAAUAAGCAGGUGGAGAAGUUCAGAACUAAGGCUGGUGAUAAAGGAAAUGGACAUCUCUCCGUUGAGACUGGAGAGAAGGAUGGAAAGAAGUUUGUACUCUUCAACUUCAGAAAUCCUAUUGGAAAGACAUUAUUCACUGGGCAAAUAGUCGAAGCUUGCAAGAAGCACAAAGCUCUUGAUAAGCCAGGAAAGAUCCAAAUCAAGGUUGUAGUGAUUGAGAAGGAUAUGAAGACUGGAAAUCUAACCCCAAUGCCAUCAUUGAUAUCAUUCAACAGAACUGAUGACCUCAAAGAAUUCAAUGAGAAGUGGGAUGAAGCCAAGAAGUUCCUUGCAUAAUGGUAAUCCAUAAUUGAAGAAUCAAGAACAAAUAUUUUAAAUCAAUUUUA